AUGGUCAACCAAGGCGCUUAUCAAUAUGCCUUGAAGAGUCUACCCCAAGACCCCUACUUCCCGGAGGAGGACAAGUACGGGCCGAGUUUCCUUGAUGAUGGAGCUUGUCUCUGCUCUCUUCGCCUACCAGAGACGGCCACCGGGGAGAGCGCCGACAACAUCAACAGCACUGGCGACUCAGACAACACCAACAACACGGAUGAGACCACGAAAUCGGAGAGCACCAAUGAUGCUGACGACACUGACAACACAAGCACUAACGGCAAGAAGACCAAGAGGGACGACCAGGCCGCGUGGCAAUGUAUCGGAAACCAAACACAGGGCGUCUACAAGGUGACUACUGGGAAAUGGUUUAAAAGCCUUCACGGCGGAAGCGUUGUCGCUUUGCCAAUCUAUGACGCUUCGAACGGCCCUGAUACCAGCAAAGCCUUGACAUGGGAUUCGGGUGCGAAGGCACUGGUCGACGCUGACACCAACGCACUGAGUCCCUAUGAUCAGGCUUGCACUGGUCUGAAUCGAACCUUCUUCUCGACCUCCUUCUAUGAGGCCUUUGCACAGAAUGCUGCGGGAGAAUCACCCAUCGCCGCCGCACCUUGUUGGAGGCCCGAAGCCGUCCCAAUAGAAAUCCAGAACUUGACCUCCUGGCAGUCCGACGGCUGCAGUGAAGGUUUCUUAUGUGCGAACUCGACAACGAACUCUCUGCCGCAGUAUUGCCCGCCGGUCGCAGAAUGCCAGGAGAGGCGACUAGCAGGUAAAGUGUGCUCGUUCCAAGGCAACAACAUCGGCAUGGGUCCAUUCGAACCCGUCGUCUGCCAAAAAGGAUGGUAUUGUCCAACCGAAUCCGGUGGCCGCGACACCUUCCUUUGCCCGGCUGGCACGUACUGCCAACCAGGCGCAUCGACGCCAACACCAUGUGCUGUUGGAAGCUAUUGCCCCAAAAAGUCGACAUCCCAACGUUAUCUCGUACCCCUUGCCGUGCUGCUUGUAGUCGAUUGCAUCCUCGCUUUCGUAUUGCUCUGGUACACGGUCAACAAGAGGUUCAGGAACACCUGCAAGUCGCAUGCAGAAGGCAAAUCCAAGGGUAUGAGAGCCCUCACAGUCAAAAUGACCGGCUACAAGGAACUCUCGGAUGAAGCCGAGAACGAGAUGCUGCCGAUGCAGCCUACGAUGCCCCGUUCAGAAACCUGGACCGGCUUUCAGGCUGCGCUCGAUGUGCCAACCCCUGGCUCACGCACGGGUGACUUCGACAGCGGGCUUUCGCCCGAACUUCGAGUCUUCGUUGAGUCCAUGCGAAAGGCGACGGAUGCCACACAGUUCGGUCUAAGCUUUACUUACACCGAUCUGAGCUUCCAUCCGAAAGGUGCUGUGAAACCCAUUCUGCAGAAUGUCACAGGGUCCAUUGAGCGCGGGUCCCUCACUGCCGUGAUGGGUGGCUCUGGAGCGGGCAAGAGCACCUUCGUGAAUGUUUUGAUGGGUAAAACCACCAAUACUGGUGGCUCAGUGACCAUCAACAAUAUUCCUGGCAAAAUCAAGCGAUACAAGAAGCUUAUCGGCUACGUUCCGCAGGACGAUAUUGUCCUACCCGAACUCACCGUCUACGAAAACAUCCUGCACUCGGCACGGAUCAGGUUGCCGCGGACUUGGAAGGACAAAGACAUACAAGCCCAUGUCAAUUCAGUGGUUGACUGCUUGGAGCUCUCACACGUGCGCGAUUCCAUGGUUGGCAGCGUCGGAAAGCCAGUCAUCUCUGGUGGUCAGAGGAAGCGGGUCAGCAUUGGCAUGGAACUUGCGGCGGCUCCCAUGGCCAUAUUCCUGGAUGAACCCACCAGCGGGUUGGACGCUACAGCGGCGUCCUCUAUAAUGCUCACGCUGAAAGCAAUUGCGCGCCUCGGCAUAUCUGUCAUCGUCAUCAUCCAUCAACCUCGAAUGGAAAUUUUCGAGAUGCUCGACGACCUGAUCCUUCUGGGUAACGGCCAGAUCAUCUACGAGGGGACCGAAAGGGGUGUGCAGCAGUACUUCGAAGACUUCGGCUACCUUUUCCCAGAGCACAGCAAUGCUGGUGACGUCGUCACGGAUAUCAUCACGGGAAAUGGACGAGCCUACAAGAGCUCUGGCAGCAUCUCCAAAGACGCAUUGAUAUCUCGCUGGGCCUCUUCUCGCGAGAGUGCCAAUCUCAAACGUCGCUCCGAAAUCAGACCCGACCGCAAUUCCAUCAUCGAAACCACCACGCAACAGCGGGCGCUGCUGAGAACACGCGGUGCGCCCCGGAUGAGACAGCUUGGGCUUUGUCUACAGCGUGCGCUGCUCCAACAAUGGCGUACAAAGUCCACGCUGUUUUUUGAGCUGGGACUAGCUUCGCUGGCAGGUGUUCUGCUGGGCCUGGCCGAGAACGGGAAGCAGGGAGUAUUGUUCACUGGCAUAUACAACGAACCGUACGAGGUCCUGUCGAUUGCCACGGACUUCAAAUCGGUACCGGAAAUGGCGCUCUUGACUGCUAUUGCCAUCGGCCUAGUCUCUGGCGCACCGGGCGUCAAGGUCUUCUCGGAGGAGAUGCUGCUGUAUCGCCGCGAGGCCGAAGCAGGCCACUCGCGGUUCUCUUACUUCAUUGCCAAGAACCUCUCGGUGCUCCCCCGCAUGAUUUUGGGGUGUUUUCACUUUACUACCGUCAUACUCUUGCUUGCGGUCCCGAUCAUAAACUGGGGCAUAGCAUUUUUCGCGAACUUGAUAUACUUCUACUGUAUCUACGGAUUGGCGAGCUGCAUUUCCAUGGUCGUCCGCCGAGAAGACGCGCCCCUCCUUGCCACCAUGAUCAGCUUGAUUGUCGGAAUCCUUUCCGGUGCCGCUCCACCGCUAUCGAAGGUCAAGGAUUGGCACAUGGAAUGGCUGUGGAGAGCAUCUCCGGGUACGUGGCUCGCCGAGGUAUACUUCGGACAGAUGACGGAGCCGUUCCGGUACCUUUACCAGGUCGAUAUGGCUGCGGAGGCGACCGGCUACCACCUGCACUGGCUCUGGCGAAACAUGCUCAUCCUCUUCGCCAUUGGCACUAUCUACAGGGUACUUGCCUUUGUCGGCCUGCUUGGUGGGAAGCGUCUGCGGGUUUGA